AUGCAGACAGCACGAGACGCUUUGCAGCAGCAGCAGGGAAGUGGCGGCGCUAGUGGCGAUGGUGGUUCUGGUGGGGCUCGUGGAGGAAAGAAGAAGAGGUGGGGGAGGAGGAGGGGGGAUGGACAGGGAGCAGCAGAGGGCGAUAUAGGUGCAGGGGUAGAGGUUGGUACAGAGGGCAUGGCGGGGGUGGGUGCAGCGAUAGCAGUGGAAGGUGGUGCAAAUGCAGCAAGGCACGUUGCUGCUGGUGAUGCAUGCAUUAGUGCUCUCAGUCUCAGAGGGACAUCGGCGGAGGGUAUGGCAGGAAUGGUAGUGGAGGGGUGCGGUGUAGAGGCAGUGGAGGGUGGCAUGGGGACAGCAGCACAGGUUGCUGCAGAGGCAGACGUAGGUGCUUCUAGAGGAAGAGUGUCAGAGGGUGGUGCAGAGAAGACGAGGGGAGAGAAGGUGGGGGGGGAGCAGGUGGAAGGUGCUGCCGCCGCCAUCACCCAGUGGCACCCACCAGACCACAGCGAGGGGAGUGGGCUCGCGUGCUGGGUCUUAUUUGAGAAGGACCUAGCAGAGGAGGCUGUAGAAAAGGAGGCUGUAGCAAAGGAGGCUGUAGCAAAGGAGGCUGUAGCAAAGGAGGCUGUAGCAAACGAGGCUGUAGCAAAGGAGGCUGUAGCAAAGGAGGCUGUAGCAAACGAGGCUGUAGCAAAGGAGGCUGUAGCAAAGGAGGCUGUAGCAAAGGAGGCUGUAGCAAAGGAGGCUGUAGCAAAGGAGGCUGUAGCAAAGGAGGCUGUAGCAAAGGAGGCUGUAGCAAAGGAGGCUAUAACAAAGGAGGCUGUAGCAAAGGAGGCUGUAGCAAAGGAGGCUGUAGCAAAGGGGGCUGUAGCAAAGGAGGCUGUAGCAGCGGGGUAUGAGAAGUACUGGCAGCAGCGGUACGGUCUGUUUCCACGGUUUGAUGAGGGCGUCCGAUUGGAUGCUGACGCGUGGCCCCUUGUCACUCCUGAGGCCAUCGCCGCCCACCACGCUGCCAUGUGCGCUGCUGCCAUGGAUUAUGAUGAUGAUGCCACGUGUGCAGGGGGUGAUGCUGCCACGUCAGCAAGAAACGCUGAUGAUACCACUUGUGCAAUUAAUGGGGCCGCCACUUGUGCAGAAGAUGGUGCUGCCAUGUGUGCUGGCCACCCCAACGGGGGAUGGAUUUUCUGCCCCCACGUGCUGGCCAUAGACACAAGCCUGCCUCGCCUGGCCAUGCUGCAACACAACCUGUCUCUUUGCUGGCCCCACGUGCUGGCCAUUGGCACAAGCCUGCCUCGCCUGCCCGCCCAUGCUGCACCACAACCUUGCUCCUCACUCCCCACCUGCCAACCCACCCCCGCACCUCUCAGCUGCCCCCACGUGCUGGCCAUUGGCACAAGCCUGCCCCACCUGCCCAUGCUGCACCACAACCUGUCGCUUUAUGGCGCUUGUGCUCACGCUCCAUCUCUCUAG